ACCGAGCUGGAGUCUGCAGCCCCAUCUGCGAGCCUAGGCUCGCUGGGCCUCCUGUUUCAGACUGUACUGUGACCACAGGAAGCCCUGGGACGCGUCGGGGAGUGACCCCUCCUGCAGCCCUAGCUUGCAUAACGCCAAGCUGGGAAGCUGCACGCUGGAGGAGGUGGCCGAGCCCCGGGUGCCCAGCGCCGCCCUCCGGGCUGGGGCGUGGCCGCCGCCCCUUUAUCUGCGAGUCCAACGCCGGGACGCAGUAGACAGCUCUCAGCUCUGCUCCGGUUAACAGGCCGCAGGCAUGGCGGUGGCGAUAGCCCAGAAGUUCAGCCACCUGCUGUCGGGUCUGUGGCACACGGGCCCGAAGCCUCUGCAGCCGGAGCUGGUGUUCACCGUGGACCGCGCCGAGGUGCCACCGGUCUUCUGGAAGCCGUACAUCUACGCUGGCUACCGGCCUCUGCACCAGUCCUGGUGCUUCUACUUCCGCACGCUGUUCCAGCGGCACAAUGAGGCGGUAAAUGUGUGGACCCACCUGCUGGCCGCCCUGGGGCUGCUGCUGCGGCUGAUCGUCUUGGUGCGGAGUGUGGACUUCUGGGAAGACCCUCACGCCCUGCCCCUCUUCAUCAUCGUCCUGGCCGCCUUCACCUACCUCUCCUUCAGCACCCUGGCUCACCUCUUGCAGGCCAAGUCCGAGUUCUGGCAUUACAGCUUCUUCUUCUUGGAUUAUGUGGGCGUGGCCGUGUACCAGUUUGGCAGUGCCCUGGCGCACUUCUACUAUGCCAUCGAGCCCUCCUGGCAUGCCCAGGUACAGGCCAUUUUCCUGCCCACGGCCGCCUUCUUGGCCUGGCUCUCCUGCGCCGGCUCCUGCUACAACAAGUACAGCCAGAAGCCGGGCCUGCUGGGCCGCAUCUUCCAGGAGGCGCCGUCGGCGCUGGCCUACGCGCUGGACAUCAGCCCCGUGGUGCACCGCAUCAUCGUGUCCCCUCUGCCCGCCGAGGACGACCCUGCUCUCCUCUAUCACAAAUGCCAAGUGGUUUUCUUCCUCCUGGCCGCUGCGUUUUUCUCCACCGUCAUGCCCGAGAGUUGGUUCCCCGGCAGCUGCCACAUCUUUGGACAGGGCCACCAAGUUUUCCAUGUCUUCUUGGUGCUGUGCACUCUGGCCCAGCUGGAGGCCGUGACCUUAGACUACCAGGCCCGGAGGCCCAUCUACGAGCCUCUGCAUACCCGUUGGCCCCACGACUUCUCCGGCCUCUUCCUGCUCACCGUGGGGAGCAGCUUCCUCACUGCCCUGCUCCUCAGCCAGCUGGUGCGGCGCAGGCUCCAUCAGAAGACUAAAUGAGAGCGGGUGGGUGGGAGGAGGCGCUAGGGACAAAAGCCUGGAUUUGGCUCCGGAUGCAUCUGGCAGGCCUUGACUCCCAGCGUACAAGCUCAACGGCCAAGGUGGUGCUAGUCAAUCCUCGGACCUUGGCAUUGGCUGGGAGCUGCCGAAUCCCUGCUCAGCUCCCUGCCUUGGGAGGGGAAGAGAUGAGGGGGCCUCCUUUCAGGGUCGAGGGUAGGGGUUCAUUUUUGGCUACCACCCCGGCGUUGGGGUCCAGGCUGUUGGGUGGGGGUUAAGACUUAGACCAGUGUCCAAUCUGAGCCGAGAGGGAGGGGAAGCCUGGGCAGCCACCUUCUGCCAGAUUUUAUUGGUGGAGGGAAAAGAAAACAGGCCAAAAAAGAUGGGUAGCAUUUAACUGUACUGUCCCCCGCACCCCAGCCUGGAUCCCUGGGUUCCAGAGAAUCCCCUAAAGACAAAAGAUGCCCUUCGCUGACUGCGUCCCUUGGUCGCACUGGCCUGUACGCCCUGCACAUUGUCUCCAGCUCCUCUCCCACAGCUCUCCUUCACCAUUCUGAGAUCUGUCUCCUCAGAUCCCUGUUCCCGGAGGCUCCAGGCUCUACCCGGGAAGGAACUGUCAAGGGAUACUCAGAGACCAGACUAAUCAGCCCUGCCUGGGGCAGUCAGGACCCUGGGCUGGGAAGAGCGAGAAGGAAUUUGCAGACUGAGCUUAGAAGGGCAUUUCAGGCAAAGGGGACAUCUAGGUUGAGACCCAGAGAUGCCAAGCAGGGAGCUGGGUGGGGCUGGAGGUGAGCACAGCUGGCCUCUGGUUCCUGCUGUGGCCUAGACUCAAUAAAGUGACUUUGACAAUA